UCUAUUUAAAACGUAUACCCAGUCUAGGCAUAGUCAUGGUUCGUGCGGUCAUGGCCCUGGAUAAUUCUGCCUGCACAAUCCGGGUGUUGUCAUUUCUUGUGCUCGUUAACCUGGUCAGUGAAACUAAGGGCCACGUAUCUCUGACAUAUCCCCCCGCCAGGAAAUAUGCGCUGGAUUUUCUGGAUAAUCUAAGAACAACAGGGCCCUGCGGAAUUCCAAAAGGAUUGGGGCCCACGACUUCCCUAGUCCCCGGGUCAAGGAUCAAUGUGACUUGGAGCAUCGCCUAUCCACACAGGGGUGGGUACCAGCUAAAUCUCCUCGACGCCAAUGAAGAGCCCCUAUACAAUCUGACCCUGGGAGAUGGGUUCAUUGGUUCCUCAGACCCAACACGACGGUACCAGGAAGUGACGUUGCCGACCGAGGAGUGCCGGAACUGCUCCAUACAGCUUGUCCGACAGGCGGGGGAGUGGAGCGCCGGAAGUUGUGGACAGUACUUAUUCUGGUCAUGUGCAGAUGUUAACAUUGCUAGUGGUGCUUCAGCCUCAGAACUGUGCAAUGGCUUCCCUAUGGAGAACGGAGCCUGUGUGUGUGGAAAGCCAUACAGUGGGACAAGAUGCCAGUACAAAGAUGACUGUCAGUCGGACGGCGACUGUUCCGGUCGCGGCAUCUGUUCGGCGUCUGAGGGAUUCUAUCACCAGAGGCACUGCUUCUGUGACAUAGGCUUCUUUGGGAAAAGGUGUGAAAGAGAGUCUUCGAUCAAAAGCCUCAGUCUGGACCUUAUGAAAUACACUCAUACAGAUCUCUCGCCAAGGUUCCAACUUUUACACAGAAUUCUCCAUAGGGAGCAAGAAAUAGAAGUUGUGCUAAAGGUAAAAACAGAGACUUGGGUAGGAGUGGGAUGGAGGCCUCCAAGCUUCCGGUCCGGAUGCCAGCACUUUCCACAACUUCCCGGAACUUCAUUGGGGUCAACCGACAGUACCUCAGAACCGGAAGUUACUUCAGAACCAGAGACAACCGCUGAACCAGUAUCCUGUACAGGAAGUGCCAAGUCCUGUGCCGACGCAUCAUGUCCAUACGAGGUUUCAUGGAUCCAAGAUCCAACCAAUGAUGACGUCACUUUCACGGUGUCUGCUCAAGUACAGUCCACCGAAUGGCUUGCUUUGGGAUUCUCGUCCGAUCAAUCCAUGCCAAGUACAGAUGUAUAUCUAGGAUGGGUGGAUGCAGCGCAGAAUGUUGUAAUCAAGGACAGGUUUGCUACCCAAAAAUCGGAACCCACGAUUGACGCUGUACAAAAUAUAUACAACACAUCGGGGUCUUUUGUCAAUGGCAGAACUACGCUCAAUUUCACGCGCAAGCGCAAUACAGGCGACCAAUCCGAUUUCCCUUUAACAGAUGGAAAUUGUUGGUACUUCAUGAUGGCAUGGGGAGGCACUUACAAUGCUAACGAUGGCAGCGCUUCUUACCAUAAACAGCGGGUUGCAUCCAGUGACAAAAUCUGCAUUUCCACUUGUGGAUCAACAGCUGAACCAGAGACAACCCCUGAACCAGAGACAACGGCUGAACCAGAGACAACUCCUGAACCAGUUUCCUGUACAGGUAGUGCUAAGUCCUGUAAUGACGCAUCAUGUCCAUACGAGGUUUCAUGGAUCCAAGAUCCAACCAAUGAUGACGUCACUUUCACGGUGUCUGCUCAAGUACAGUCCACCGAAUGGCUUGCUUUGGGAUUCUCGUCCGAUCAAUCCAUGCCAAAUACAGACGUAUAUCUAGGAUGGGUGGAUGCAUCACAGAAUGUUGUGAUCAAGGACAGGUUUGCUACCCAAAAACGGGAACCCACGAUUGACGCUGUACAAAAUAUAUACAACACAUCGGGGUCUUUUGUCAAUGGCAGAACUACGCUCAAUUUCACGCGCAAGCGCAAUACAGGCGACCAAUCCGAUUUCCCUUUAACAGAUGGAAAUUGUUGGUACUUCAUGAUGGCAUGGGGAGGCACUUACAAUGCUAACGAUGGCAGCGCUUCUUACCAUAAACAGCGGGUUGCAUCCAGUGACAAAAUCUGCUUUCAUACUUGUGAAACUAAUGGGAAUGAAGGAUCAACGGCUGAACCAGAGACAACCGCUGAACCAGAGACAACGGCUGAGCCAGAGACAACGGCUGAACCAGUAUCCUGUACAGGUAGUGCCAAGUCCUGUACCGACGCAUCAUGUCCAUACGAGGUUUCAUGGAUCCAAGAUCCAACCAAUGAUGACGUCACUUUCACGGUGUCUGCUCAAGUACAGUCCACUGAAUGGCUUGCUUUGGGAUUCUCGCCCGAUCGAUCCAUGCCAAGUACAGAUGUAUAUCUAGGAUGGGUGGAUGCAUCCCAGAAUGUUGUGAUCAAGGACAGAUUUGCUACCCAAAAAUCGGAACCCACGAUUGACGCUGUACAAAAUAUAUACAACACAUCGGGGUCUUUUGUCAAUGGCCGCACUACGCUCAAAUUCACGCGCAAGCGCAAUACAGGCGACCAAUCCGAUUUCCCUUUAACAGAUGGAAAUUGUUGGUACUUCAUGAUGGCAUGGGGAGGCACUUACAAUGCUAACGAUGGCAGCGCUUCUUACCAUAAACAGCGGGUUGCAUCCAGUGACAAAAUCUGCAUUUCCACUUGUGAUAUUAAUGCAGAAUCAACCGCUGAACCAGAAUCUACAGCUGAACCGGAAUCUACCGCUGAACCGGAACCGACAGGGACAUGUGGAAGAGGUGUUUUCGCGGGCACAAGCGACACAACAGGAAAUACACCACACCCUAUGGACUGCACGGAUAUGGUGAUAGGGGCCGCUCGAGGCAUGCGUAGUUGGGUCGGGGACUACUACACACGCGGAAGAUCUACACCACAAAGAGAUGGAUUUUAUGGGGGUUCGGAAAGUUUAACCGCUGCUGGUGGUUUUGAAAAAGAUGGAUACACCUACAUUUUAUUUCGAAGGAAGCUAAAAGUGGCGGAGCGGACUGACCAUGAAAUAAGCGAUAAUUACAUGAACCUCAUUUGGGCACAAGGACAAGACGCCGGGAGUUAUGUUCAUACCCCUGCCGCAGGAAUUGAAGUAGAGGUCAACAUAUCAGACAAAAACUUCUACAAACCAGAUGACCUCAAGUACCACGGACCUCGCGAGCACCGAGGAACCAGGACCUUCAACUUUUUCGACGGCAAUAGAGAAAACACUGCACCACCUAAUUUGUGCAAUAACAAAUGGGGACGCUGUUUGGAUAACAGUGACGUCAAUUGUUUCUUGGUCACGUGGAUUUAUGACACCAAUCAGAUAACAUUUACAAUUAAAGCUUAUCUUGAACGAGACCAGUGGGUAGGCAUAGGGUUCAACGAAAAUCCCACAAUGGCAGGAACCGAUGUGAUUGUAGGAUGGCGAACAGAGAAUGGUGAAGCAGUUAUACAGGACAGAAAGGCAACCGCCUAUGCGCAGCCUCCUCUGGAUAGCCAACAGGACGCUACGUUGAUAUCAAGCUCUAGAGUAGAUUCAGUUACGACCUUGAACUUUAGCCGACCUUUGAUAACAAACGACAAAGAUGACAUUUCCCUUUCAUAUAACUGUGUUCAUUUCAUCUAUGCCAAGGGCGGCAAAUACAGCAGCAACUCCAUAUCCUACCACGACAAUACGCCAAUCAUCUCCACAAAGAAAAUCUGUAUACCUUGCACUGGGGUUGAAGAGCCUUCAACCACUUCAACCGAAGUGCCCGCAUCCCAAAGGACCAAUGUUCGAUCCGAGUUCAAGAUAACGAACACACCAUGGGACUCCAAACUCGGGGACGCCACGAGCCAGGAAUUCCGAACACUCGCGGACAAACUACACACGGCUUUGUUGUCUCUCCUGACAUCCAUUCCCGGAUUUGUUGAUGUUAAAAUUCUCCGAUUCAGACGUGGCAGCGUGAUUGUGGAAUUUGACGUCAUAAUGGCGGGUGAUGAAGGUGCGGUCGCUCAAGGUUCCACGGCGGCACUAGAGAAGCUCCGAACGGAAGGACAACUAGCGGAAUUUACUGUCGAUAAAGACAGUGUUAAGUUAGUUCCAGCAAAAGCUCCCGAUGAAAAGUCCACACUUACGGUCACACUGAUUCUCAUCAUUGCGAUUUCCGCCGCUGGAGUUCUUUUGGUCCUUGUCCUUGGAAUCUGCAACUGUAUUAGGAAUCGUCAACAGACUGAAAAACAAAAUACACCUGAUGAUUACGUUCCCAUGAAUACUACUGCGGGUAACAGAAACACGGACUCUAUGAAGUUAUCGUACGAAGAGUGGUCGAAACAGCAGCAGGAAUACAAUAACCCGACUUUUGACAACGCUCCAUACACCAGCCUCGGGAGUCAGAGUAGCAACCCAUACACCGGCCUCGGGAGUCAGAGUAGUGACAAUUUAGUCAGUAAAGACGACAGCGGGACUAAGGAACAGGGCACCUUCAUCCGACAUUUUUGUGAAUGAAUGUUUAUUUCAAUGGUACAUGGGGAACAGAACAAAAAUAUAUUUACAAAUGUACAUCAAAUGUACAUGUACAUAUGAAAAACCAAGUGAGGAAAAGGAAUUUGAAGAAAUCGAGCUAAUAUUUAAAAAAAAUAUAUGGACAACGUUUUCAAUAAAUUAAUAUCUAUGGUAUUCAUAAGAUUCCCAAAUUUAAAGUGUUAAUUAAGAUUUGUUUGGUAUUUUUCAUCAAUUAAU